CAUUUUACACUACCGUUAGUUACCUCUUGGCAUAAAAACGUUUAAAGUGUUAAAUUCUAAAUUGAUUUAAUUUAGGAAACAAACUCUAAAACAGUCAAGGACUACUGAACUGCAAAUACUAGCUAUUCUUUCAAUGAGGAAUUCAGGAAUUCCAAACAUUGUCAAUGAUUUACAUACAACCUAAACAUCCCAAACACACUGGAUUGAGGAUUGUGUCACACAGCAACAUACUAAAACUGCAUUCUUCUGUUAUGAUUUCGGGAUUCUCCCGGUUUUGUCAUCGUUAUUUAUAACUUAUAUAAUCCGAACACGCUGGAUUGGGGAUUGUUAUGGAUAAACCUGUUCAAUGAACCAACAGCAACAUGGAUCCAAUCUCUGGCCUUCAACUCCACCAGAAUCGGUCCCACUUGACUGCUACCUAUGGCAGAUUGUAUGGCGCACUAGAACAGCCUCUUUCACAGAAUUCUCAGACGGUUGCGUUUUCAACAAGAAAGAUGGCCAAAGUCACUUUUGCGUUGUUUGGUUUUGGAAACAUGGGCAUGGCCCAUAUGAAGAAUAUCCUGACAUCCCCAAGGGCUUCUGUGAAGUGGGUGGUCAGAAAUAAAAUCCAGGAGGCCCAGAAGUUUGUACAGGACUACAGUCUCUCGGCGAGAUGUACCACGCCCGACAGACUUGAGGAGCUGUACAAUGAUCCAGAAGUGAAUGCUGUCCUCAUUUGUUCCCCCACCUCUACACAUGAACCAGUCAUCCGCGACUCUCUUCUAGCAGACAAAGCUGUUUUCUGUGAAAAGCCAAUCACUGAUGCAAUAGAUUCAACAGCAGCUUGCUAUGAUCUAGCAGAGAAAGUCAAACGACCAUUGUUCAAUGCCAUGCACAGGAGGUUUGAGCCAAAUUUCUGUAGUGUGCGAGAAAAAGUGAUGAAAAAGGAACUGGGAAACCUUCGCCUGAUUAAAGUGACCAGUCGAGAUUUGGCCCCUCCCCCUAUCUCAUACAUCAAAACUUCAGGUGGUAUUAUCUAUGACUCGACAAUCCAUGACCUUGACAUGUCCUUGUGGCUAGCGGGGUCACAGCCCGAGUCUGUCUAUGUCAGUGCUUCAGCCUUUGACCCUGACAUUGCCAGCUGUGGUGACUAUGACCAGGUGGUGGUUACCAUAAAGUUCAAGAAUGGUGUGGUGUCUUCGGUGGAGAAUGGACGCGUGGCACCCUACGGCUAUGACCAAAGACUAGAGGUGUUGUGUGACAAGGGCAUGCUCCAGGUUGAUAACAAGAGGUCGGGUCUGGUGUGGGAGCACCUGGCCCAGGGAAGCUCGGUCCCUCCCAUUGACAGUCACUUCACCAACAGGUACCCUCUGGCCUAUGCCGCUGAACUGGAACACUUUCUGGAUGUCAUGCAAGGUAAAGCAGAACUACGAGUUAAGAAGGAGGACACUUUGAAUGCUAUGCGCCUGGUUCGGGCCUGUCAGAAGUCCAUUGCAGCCAAAGGUCCCGUCACCAUGGAAACAUAAAAUCUCUUUACUAUAUAUGAGUACAUUGUACAUUUAAUUGACAGUAAUUAAUUUUUUUGAUGUAUAUGUGUUUACAGCGAUAAGUCAGGCAGAGACAGUUUAAUAUAUAAAUUUUUACUUUUGAUUUUUACUGUUGAUUUCUUUUAACUGUUAUGUUGUACAUUUACAGAUGACACUUUAUUUACAAUGAACUAUACAAUGACAAUGAAUUAUACAAUGACUGGUGCUCUACAUCUUAACUGAUUUAAUAAAUCAUGCAAUAUCAGCUUCA